AUGUUGAACGGUUGGAAGAUGCUGAUUGGCCCAAUUGACGUUGAAGUCUCCGAUCCACCGAUUCCAAGAACAACAGAGACUCACCGCAGUAUUGGUAACGAAGGUGGAAUCCUAUACUUGGAUAGUUGUGAUGUCACAAUGGCUAUUUUGCCAGGAUCAUUGGAGGCUGGCUCCUGUCACGAUGUAUCUCUUGCUCUGAUUACUGAGGAUCCACCAACAAUCAAAGAGGAUGAGUUUCUUACAGGUCAUGGUGUAGAAAUCGAUAUCCCGAGACUGUUGCUCUACUCAGGAAAUCAGCCAAUAACAAUAACUCUCCCACAUGCCGCAUCACCCAUGAAGGCAAAUAAAGAGUUUGCUGACAUCAUUUGGAAACAUACUGAAUCGACAUCAUCCCAUCGCGUGAAGACAUCUAACAAAAAUACACGAUGUAUCAUCAAAGAAAGAGAAAUGGAUAUCAUCAUCUCUGCCAACUCAGUGAUCAAUGGAAGGAUACAGCUAUGGGUACCAUUCGAUAUUCACCGUCACGCCACGGGGAAACUAAUGGCUUGCACCCCUUUCCUUCCCGUUGAUAUGGUACAGGGCAAUGAUGUAACACUACGGAUGUACAUUCACGAGGACAUACCUUACAUUGCUGAGAAAAUAAAGGAAGAAGAGGAACAACUGUUAAACCGUCAGGUACAUCCUAAAAGAUGUUUUGAACUUGCACCUGAAUCAAGCGACCUACAGAUAGAAUGCAAUGGGGGAAACAUGAGCAUCUCUGCUAAAGAGCUAUUCAACCAACGGGAGACUCUUGUUUCGAUGCCCAUUACGACUGAACCCAAUACCAGAACGCAAAUGAUUAACAUCUCAAUGUCAACCAAAGAUAAAGAUCCAACGACGAGCAUGGCGUUUAUGGCGAUACGAACAGAUUUCUCUACUGACAUGCAAUCAACACUUGAUGAGAUAAUCACCGCUUCAGAUACUGAGAGCAGAGAAAAGGACACCGGGAUUGAGGAUGUCAUCACGAAGGAUAUGAACACAGAUAAGUACUACCAUCUAGGAAUAGCACUUGGUCUGUCCUACGAAACACUUGACAGCAUCCAAGCAAGUAUCAGAGGACAAAAAGUAGAAGCUGGUGUUUAUACUUCAAACCAACGAGCUGCUAUUAUCAUGAUCCGCUACUGGAAACACUUACAGCAUCCUGACUCUCAAGCAGAUGAUCAUCUGACAGAGGUGUGGACAUCUGUGACCAAUUCAAGAAAGCCCGACGUUCCUGUUAAGCAAGCUAGCAGCCUAGACGAAACAGUUGGUUCUACUACGGAAGAGAACUUUGAAGACAAGUCAUGUGGCGCAAGACCUGUUCGGACAGAAAGUUUCUAUGACAUUGGGACAAAGGCGAGUAAAAUAUUUGUGGGUGUUAAAAACAGAUUCAUCAAAGUCAAAUACUUGUGA